GCCCCGGCCCGCGCGGUGCCCGCCCUCGGCAGCCGGAGCGGCUUCCCCUGAGGUGGCGGCUGAGGCGGCGGCUGAGGCGGCGGCCGGGGUCGUGGUCGCGGUCCCUGCAGCGGCCGGCUGUCCGCCCGCUCCCGUCCCGUCCCGGCCGGCGGGGCGGCCGUCCAGCCCCUCGGGCCAGCAGGCGAUGGUGCGGCGAAGCGCGCGGACGCGGGCGGCGCGGCGGCGGGCAUGAAGGAGGAUGGAAGGGCAGGACGAGGUGUCGGCGCGGGAGCAGCACUUCCACGGCCAAGUGCGGGAGUCCACGGACCUCGUGAGCAGUGUGUUCGUGGAAGCUUUCCUUCAGGCCGUUUGCACCCAUCACUCUUAUGGCAUUUACUCCCUGUCGUCAUCUUGAGUGGCUGAAGCCCAUCAGCUAUAAAUGAAAAAGAUCUGUUUCCUUCUCUUUGCCAUUCUCUACAUUGUCUCCUACUUCAUUAUCACAAGAUACAAGAGAAAAUCAGAUGAACAAGAAGAUGAAGAUGCCAUAGUCAACAGGAUUUCGUUGUUUUUGAGCACGUUCACUCUAGCAGUUUCAGCUGGGGCAGUUUUGCUUUUACCCUUCUCAAUAAUCAGCAAUGAAAUCCUGCUUUCUUUUCCUCAAAACUACUAUAUUCAGUGGCUAAAUGGCUCCCUGAUUCAUGGUUUGUGGAACCUUGCUUCUCUCUUUUCCAAUCUUUGUUUAUUUGUGUUGAUGCCCUUUGCCUUCUUCUUUCUGGAAUCGGAAGGUUUUGCUGGCCUGAAGAAGGGAAUCCGAGCCCGAAUUUUGGAAACACUGGUCAUGCUUAUUCUUCUGGCCUUGCUUAUUCUUGGGAUGGUGUGGGUAGCCUCGGCGCUCAUUGACAAUGACGCUGCGAGUAUGGAAUCUUUAUACGAUCUCUGGGAGUUCUACCUACCUUAUUUAUAUUCCUGUAUAUCAUUGAUGGGAUGUUUGUUACUUCUCUUGUGCACGCCGGUCGGCCUCUCCCGCAUGUUCACGGUCAUGGGGCAGCUGCUGGUGAAGCCAACAAUUCUUGAAGACCUGGAUGAACAAAUUUAUAUCAUCACCCUAGAGGAAGAGGCACUCCAGAGACGACUGAAUGGACUCUCUUCAUCAGUGGAGUACAAUAUAACAGAGCUGGAACAAGAACUUGAAAACGUAAAGACGCUUAAGACAAAAUUAGAGAGGCGCAAAAAGGCUUCAGCAUGGGAAAGAAACUUGGUAUAUCCUGCUGUUAUGGUUCUCCUUCUUAUUGAGACAUCCAUUUCGGUCCUCUUGGUGGCUUGUAAUAUUCUUUGCCUGUUGGUUGAUGAAACAGCAAUGCCAAAGGGAACAAGGGGGCCUGGAAUAGGAAAUGCUUCUCUUUCUGCUUUUGGUUUUGUGGGAGCUGCACUUGAAAUCAUUUUGAUUUUCUAUCUUAUGGUGUCCUCUGUUGUCGGUUUCUAUAGCCUCCGAUUUUUUGGAAACUUUAUUCCCAAGAAGGAUGACACAACUAUGACAAAGAUCAUUGGGAAUUGUGUGUCAAUCUUGGUCUUGAGCUCCGCACUGCCUGUUAUGUCAAGAACACUGGGAAUCACUAGAUUUGAUCUACUUGGAGACUUUGGAAGGUUUAAUUGGCUGGGAAAUUUCUAUAUUGUGUUAUCCUACAAUUUGCUUUUUGCUAUCGUGACAACAUUGUGUCUGGUCAGAAAAUUCACCUCUGCUGUACGAGAAGAACUUUUCAAGGCCCUAGGGCUUCAUAAACUUCACUUGUCACAUACUUCAAGGGAUUCAGAAACCACAAAGCCGUCUGCAAAUGGGCAUCAGAAAGCACUGUGAGACCCACAGCACCGCUCUACAGUCAAGAGCCUGCGCACCCCAAACGCGUGACAUUCCCGUCAGGCAGGGCCCUUUCCCGCUGGCUGUGCUCCACGUUUAGGGCCUGGGCCUGUCCGUGUCCUGGUUUUCACGGGCUCAGAGCUCGGCUAUUGCAGGUUGUCCUCUUUUAUUUACCUUUGGGAUGGACCUUGUAGUUUCCAGCCAAGCACAGGCUCCUCAGGGCAGCAUGUCUUCUGGGGACGCGUUUACUUGCAUCAGUUGUGGCCCCAUGUGAGAACGUUAGGAAAGACAGACUUCGGGGCUUCCUAAGGAUUCACUUAAAUCUUGUGAUACAGUCCAUUCGAAAUGUAGGCACCUACACAAAAGGCAUCCUUGUACUUAGAUGUGACGUUUCUGCAAAAAUGAAAGCUUAUAGAUGUUAUUGUAGUGGGUAUGUUGGAACUACAGUGGUUGCAAAUUAUAUUUUUCACUUCCUUAAAGAAAAACAAAAGCAUAGUUCUGAUUUAGGUUACAGAAUGAUAUUGAUUGGCCUUUGAGUCAAGGGGAAAAAAGAAAAUUCUUUUAAAGCCUGAGCCUUGGUGGAACACCACAGGAAUACCUUCUGCUGUCCAGUGUAAUAAGCUAUGGUAGGAAGUAUUAUGUAAUCACAGUUUCUGAGAGCUUAUGUGUAUAUAAUUCAAUAUUACCUCUCAUAACAUAGUUGCCAGUGUUGGACACACUUGUAACUUAGGUUUUGCCUUAUAGGCUAUAUGUACACUCAGUUUUUUUUUAAGCAUUUUUUUUUUUCCCAGAAACCCCUUAAUUCCCUGUGCCCCGUGUCUAUUAUGAAACUACAAGUGCUCAGUGGUAGACACCCUCUCUGUUGCCACAUCCUUCAGGCUUUGGUCCCUUCUGUACAUGCCAACUUAAACCUCAGACUUACAAAAGUUACCAUUUAACACCCCAAACACACAGCAUCAGCGUUCAUGAUGUAAGAAAAGCUGUGCAGUGUAUUGUGAUCUGAUGAUCAUGCAGUUAUUAAAUUGUAAAUAAUUCUUGGGAUGGGUUCUUGGCUUUAAGCCCACGGAAUAAAAAUGGUAACGGUGUACUCAGUGUCACCACCCACUAGGAUAGAACACUAGAAGUUGUGAUGCAGAAAGAGGAGAUGGGUCCAUUUGCACACCACUCAUAUCAUGCAGCCUCUAUAACUACAUGUGUUCAAAGACACUGUGUGUACGGCAAUAGACUGUGUGCAGACAAAAGUAAAAGAACAAUUUUCUCAAACUGUUGAAUUUAAAGGGUUUUGGGGAGAAGUUUAUGAAAAACAGGCUGUAUGUAUCUGACAUCAAAAUUUCCACUUAGAGCCAAAAUAAUAAGAAAAAGUAACCUAGAACUCCAUUGUGUAUACUUCUUUAUUUACACCUCUGCAUUUCCUUCUAAGCGUCUCUUCUUGUUAAAAUGCAGCUUAGUUUUAAAAUAAAAGAACAUUUUGUGAUUCUACACAACAUUCAGUAAAUACCACCAGUCUAGUAUGGGUGAAUUUCUCAGCAUAAGAUCCACAUACUGAGAAAAUUAACAAAAAUCAGUGGUAAUUAUACCUAUUUAAGCAUUAAUUGCAAGUUUUGAUUUUUACUGAAACUUGCUUGCUUUGAGCAGAUCAGGUCAAGGGGAGAAGAGAAAGGAAUUCCUUUAAAUAAAAGAAUAUCACUUUUAACUUACACCAGUUUCAGGGCACACAUCCAGAGGAAGAGCUUCUUGUAUUUGUAAGAUGUCUGAAAAUUUCUGAGUAAAAUAUUAAACUUUUCAAUGUCUGUAUCAA